AUGCAGGUAUGUGCUCUAUCUUUUUCUUCUUUAGGUGGCUCUGGGAAAAUGAUAAGGGUCGUAUUCACAAUAGCGGCGGUCGUAGCUGUGGCAAGUGCCGGCGGCCCUGGUGAAAGAGGGGCGCUGAGGUUGGAGGCAAUGCAGGGCGUAUGUGGGGUGAGUAAGGCGUUGAAGGAAAUGUACCAGUAUGUUGUCAAGAAAACAGACGUUUCAGAAGCGAUGUUGGAAGAUGUGGAAAAAAUGGUAAAGCUGGCGAAGUUGAAGGUUGUAAAAGAGAAGGAGACGGGACCCGAAUGCGACAAAAUGGCAUUUUUUCUCAAGUACAUGGUGGGUGGUUUGGAUAGGAUGGUCGGUAUGAUCGCGAGUGUCCGGAAGAAAGGGUUAUCACUAGCAGCAGCGGCGGGGCUGGCAGCGGGGAGGUUGGAUGAGUUCGUUAGUGUUUUCCAGCAACCGAAUAACAGAAACGGGGUUGAAUUUUUUUCUUGCGCUGCGGGUGCACGAGGUGAAGCAGCAACUAAGGCGGAGCUUCACGACUGUUUUCAAGGGGGGAAAACGGCUGUAGAUGCUGCAGAAUUCCUCUCUGUAGAGGAUGUUGAAGAGAAAAAGGGUUCACAAGCGGAGGGCAGAGCAAACCUGGAGGAAGCAAUUAGAAGGCACCUAAAGCUGAGCAAUAACGACCCAAGAUACACGGGAGGGGAGUCACAGGGGUGUCAGCUGGUGCGCGGAAGUUCGGGGGGAGGAUACCUGGGAAACGCGAGCCUCACGACUAACUUGCUUUGGGGCGAUGGAAUCUUUGGAGUAAAGAAAGAUGGAGUUGGCGAAACCGCAUACAUAGGAGAUACGAGGAAUGAGACAUAUAGUUACGAUAUGAUGUGGGAGGAAAAUCCAACAACAAACGUCCCCACACUGAGGGCAGCAAUGGAUGCUUACCGGGCGUUUGAAGAGCAGGUAAGUGAGUACGGCGACAUAUAUAGGAGUCUCACGGAGGAGUGGACAGAAAAAACUAUUGGGAGGAGGGCGGAUGCCAUGAAAAUACUGAAUGGACUAGGAAGUCUUCCAAUUGAAAACGUUUCCGCGCUGAAUAGCCGUACUAAACAGGAUUGGCUCUCGGCAGGUCAGGUAAAGGAUGCCGACAAAGACCUUCUGAUGACGGAGAUUGGGUUGUGUGGAGGGUUGGGGAGGAGGAGCUUCUUCCGAAGAAUGUUCAGAAAGGCGUGGAGGAAGAUAUUUGGCGGAAAUUGGGGAAAGGACGACUAA